UGCAAAUACCCGGACGCCGCACGGGGCUGACCUGCCGCCUCGCUCCAUUCACGGGGGCUGCCGCGGGGGCGGAGGUGGCAAGGGAGGGGGGCGCCCAUUGUUGCGCCGGUACUUAAGAGGUCUUGAGGCCGGUCGUGUGCCACACUCGGUACUCACACGAGCUGAUCUGAUCGCCGGCAAGAUCACUCGGGAGACCGACCGGGAGCGUGGCCCCUGCAGGCGAGGCGAGGAGGCGAGGCCAAGUUCCCAGUGCGCCCCUGCGCCCUUCCAAGCCUUCGCGCCCGAAGCGGGCACAGAGUAGCCCGGGGCCGUUCGGAUCGUAAGUGCGCCCCGGCGGCCCUGCCCUCGGCCCAGGCUCCUGUCCUCUAAGCGCCUCUUAUCUGUCCGUCGGUCCUGCACAAAGCAACGAUGCCAGCCCCUCUGGAGACAUGCCUCUCGGACCUUGACUGCACCGCCAGCAGCAGCAGCAGCGACCUGUCCGGCUUCCUCACCGACGAGGAAGACUGUGCCAGGCUCCAACCUCAAGCUUCCGCUUCGGGGCCGCCCGUGCCGGCCUGCAGGGGCGCUCCCGGGAUUCCCGGGGCUUCCGAUACUCCCCGGGCGCAGGACGACGAUCAGGAGCGGCGGCGGCGCAGGGGUCGCGCGCGGGUACGUUCCGAGGCGCUGCUGCACUCGCUGCGCAGGAGCCGGCGCGUCAAGGCCAACGACCGCGAGCGCAACCGCAUGCACAACUUGAACGCGGCGCUGGACGCGCUGCGCAGCGUGCUGCCUUCCUUCCCCGACGACACCAAGCUCACCAAGAUCGAGACGCUGCGCUUCGCCUACAACUACAUCUGGGCUCUGGCCGAGACCCUGCGCCUGGCGGACCAGGGGCUGCCCGGGGGCAGUGCCCGGGAGCGCCUCCUGCCGCCUCAGUGCGCCCCCUGCCUGCCCGGGCCCCCAAGCCCCGCCAGCGACGCCGAGUCCUGGGGCUCCGGUGCCACCGCCUCCCCUUGCGCCGCCGCCGCCUCGCCACUCUCUGAUCCCAGUAGCCCCGCCGCCUCCGAAGACUUCGCCUAUGGUCCCGGCGACUCUCUUUUCUCCUUCCCUGCCCUGCCCAAGGAUUUGCUCCACACGACGCCCUGUUUCAUCCCUUACCACUAGGCCCUACUGAGACACCGUUACCUUCCCCCUCCCCCAGGAAACAGGCAGUAGGCGAGACCCCAGCUGCGGCCUCCGGACCCCAGGCCAGGCGGAGGAGAGGAAGCGGGAGCUUUAAAGGGGAGGGGGAUACCUGAGCCGCCUGUUAGG